AUGCGAAGUUUGGCGAAUCUGAUAAAGGAACUCGACAGCGCCGUCAUCGACGUUGAUCCAGAAUACCAACGUGAAAUUGUCUGGACAGCCGAGCGUAUGAAAGGUCUGGUCAAUUCUUUGAUGGAAAACUAUUACAUCCCGCCCAUCAUUCUGAAUAAGAAGCGGAGUGCUGGUACGGAUGGUAGUACACCACGCGAUACUCUUGUUUGUGUGGAUGGCAAGCAGCGUCUGUCUUCUAUUAGAGCAUUCGUAAAGGGCAUGAUUCCUUGCCAUGAUCAUGAAGGCGAGAGAUGGUGGUUUUGCAAGACUCCUGGCACCAAACACAAGAGAGUGCUCCCUUUGGAAGCGCAAAAGAUGUUCUUGGAAAAAGAUUUUGUCGCCUUCCAAUUCACAGAUCUUACUCAGGAACAAGAAGAAGAUCUUUUUGCUAGAGUGCAGAUGGGUGUUCAACUCACUGUGGCCGAGAAGAUGCGCGCGAAGCAGGGCCCAUGGCAAGAGUUGGCGAAACUUUUCGUGGAUGAUUUUCCGGCUAUCUACGGCUUGAUGAAGGACCGAGCCCGAGCAAAAGACUUUCAAAUCACCUUGUCUUGCUUUAGCCAAAUCAUCGAAGUCAAGCAUCCCACUGCUGCAAAUGGUCUACCAGUUUUAAAGACGAACUACAACGCACUACCCAAACUAUUGAGCAACACUGGCGCUGUAGAUGAUGCUAUCAAAUCACAUCUUGCGAGCGUCUGGACUACUCUAAGAGAACUUAUAGAGCGAGAUUCAGACGCUUUUACAAAUGCUGACAAGCAUCUGGGUGGUGUGCAAACGUUCGCGCCCAUCGAGAUGGUAGCAGCAACCGUCCUUAUCUCGAUGUACUCGGAAACACGUAACAACGAACUACUGCUUGGAGAUAUCAGAACUAUUCGAGAGGCGCUUCGUGAGCAGUUCAAGGACCUUCGCUUGAAUGCGACGGUUUGGAAGUUUGUCUGGGACUUCGUCGAAAACCUGGCGGCCAUCCGAGGCGCGGUAGAUGGCACUACGGUGGAUCGAAACCAGCAGGAUCAGGCCUCAAAGUCGAUGUCUUCUGGCGCCGCGAAAGCAACAGCAAAUGUGUCUUCGCCACCUUGCCUUUCAAGAAAAAGAGCAACAUCUGCGAAAAAACAAGUCUCUACCUUGCCACCGCGGAGUCCAGUGGAAGUGAAGAAGGAGCCACAAUCACGCAUCGCUACGUCAAAACGAAAGCGAACUGGUCCUGCACCUGCUUCCCUGGCUCCAGCCUCAGCCUUUGGUUUCAUGCACGGGAAUCUCAAUGGGUCACAUAUCACGGACGCAAACAUUGUGUCUUCAGCGCCAACGCGCACCGCGGCGGCGAUAAUGAAGACUGCCGCUUCAAAUUGUCAGCGAUUGCGACAAGAGCCUCAAGUAACCAUUCCUUUGAUACCGGACUUGUCGAAUGUAGCUCCGCAAGCAUACCACCAACACCACAUACCUCCAACGCAAUUGCAAGACCCACAGAAGUUCAACGUGCAUACCCCUUUCACAACAGAGCCUGAAGAUCUGCAGGUCCUACAGACUGGCAUCUCAGGAUCUAGUGACUAUUGUACACCAAUAGCUCCUAUGCAGCAGUCAACACAACUCUGUUCAAUACCCCGUCAUAUUCCUGAGGUGGCCCAAUGUUCACACAACGCUUUCGCGAUAUCACAAUCUCCAAACAUGAUAUCAUGUCAUCCUACGAGUCGCGGUGCGUUUGCGCCAACUCACACAGACAAGCAGUGGGAGGGUGUCGUCGCAUCCCCAGCUAAGGCUCCAGUCGCGCCAAUUUCAAAUAAGCGGAAGCGAAAAAGCGUUACACGCCCUACUCCUGCCCAGUACAAAGAGGCCAUCGAUCUGACAAGUGACAACGAGCUCGAAGAAGAACGACAGAAUCUUCUAUCCUCUUUCAAGGCCAAACCUAUUCCUGCAAAGCAACCUUCUGCUCCAGCCACACCCGCAGCAGAAGCAUCCACUGCUCCGACGCGUCGUGAUUACGUGUGGGAGGCGACCAACAGGAUAUCCGCGGAGUCUGAGACUACAUCUCUAUCAAACGAACAGCCACAACAAAGUACGCGUCCCGGACCAACGUCAAGGGGCAUCUUCUAUAUCUUGUGCCAUUUCGAAGACCAUCUGUUUGCGCUGCUGUUGUACGGAUACAACUUCGUCAUACCCGCAUCUUGUGAGAAAACAAAGCGCAUCAACAUGGGGAAGUCUUUCGACCCAUCCAAGGAUAUUGGGAGCCUAGAGGGGAAGGUCAUCUUGGUCACGGGUGGUAACGCUGGGCUAGGCAAACAAACCAUUGCAUACCUCGCUGCCCAUAACCCUACGCGCAUAUACCUCGCCGCUCGUACCGAGUCCAAAGCCCGCGACGCUAUCACCGACAUCAAGAACAGCGUCCCAAAUGCCUGCGAAAUCGUACAUCUACCACUCGAUCUGACGUCCUUCUCUUCCAUCGCAGACGCAGCAUCGACGUUCAAGAGCCAGGAAUCGCGACUUGAUCUACUCAUUAACAAUGCUGGUAUCAUGGCGUCCCCAUAUAGCACGACCAAAGAGGGUUAUGAGAUACAAUUCGGCACCAACCACAUGGGCCACGCACUGCUCACAAAGCUCCUCAUCCCGACAAUGCUAGAUACGGCAAAGCAACCCGGCGCCGAUGUCAGAAUCGUGAACCUGAGCAGCAUGGGUGAACGUCUUGCCGUAUCCAAAGGCAUUGAAUUCGACCAACAAGCGCUCGAGAAGGAAAACACAUGGCGUCGCUAUGGCGCCUCGAAAUUAGCGAACAUACUCUUCGCUCGCUCCCUGGCCCUCGAAUACCCUACGAUUACAUCUGUGUCUCUACACCCUGGUGUCAUUCUGACAGACCUCUUCAACAACCUCCGCUCAAACGUAUUCUUGAAGGUCGGGCUAUGGAUAUAUGGACUAGUGGGCAUGAUACUGCCGGGUCAUUACCAGGGUCCUGAAGGUGGCGCGUUGAACACGACAUGGUGUGCCACGACUGCGAAGGACCAUCUGGAGAGUGGCGCAUUUUACAUGCCUGUAGGAAAGAAGGGCUCGGGAAGUGGACACGCGAGAGAUGAGGGGCUGCGGAAGAAGUUGUGGGAGUGGACUGAGGAGGAGUUGAAGAAGCACGGGUAUUGA